CAGGCUACAACCUUCAGCAGAGUUUAACUGAAGAGCAAGCGCUCGCAGAACAAAGACAAAAAGGAUGCAGCGCUUCAGGGAAGGCAUUCACAUACGCACCAUGAAGGCCAAGAGGAAAGUGGAGGAGAUCUCCAAAGAAGACGUCCAGGCUUUCCUCAAGAAGAACGCUUUUGUGCUCUUCACUGUCGGGGCAGUGAUUGUAGGUGUUAUUCUGGGAUUUGCCCUGCGUCCCUACAAGAUGUCCUAUCGAGAAGUGAAGUACUUCUCCUUCCCUGGAGAGCUGUUGAUGAGGAUGCUUCAGAUGCUUGUUCUGCCACUACUGGUCUCCAGUCUAGUGACAGGAAUGGCAGCUUUGGACAGCAAAGCCUCAGGAAAGAUGGGCAUGAGAGCCGUGAUCUACUACAUGACCACGACCUUCAUCGCAGUCUUCAUUGGGAUCCUAAUCGUCCUCAUCAUCCACCCGGGAAAAGGCUCAAAGGAUGAGUUUGGGAAGCAGCAGAAGAUAGAGCAAGUCAGUCCAGCCGACGCCUUCCUAGAUCUGAUCAGAAACAUGUUUCCACCAAACCUGGUCCAGGCCUGCACUCAGCAGUUCAAAACCAAAUACGGGAAACGAGUGGUCCAAGUGACAGUAACCAUAAAUGAUUCAAUCUUCAACUCAACCAAUGGAACCCAGGAGGUCAUGGAGAUCACCCGGGAAGAAGUGAUUCCAGUGCCGGGUCAGGUGAACGGGGUCAAUGCCCUCGGGUUGGUGGUCUUCUCCAUGUGCUUUGGCCUGAUAAUUGGCAAUAUGAAGGAGCAGGGCCAGCUCCUGAGGGACUUCUUUGACAGUCUCAAUGAGGCGAUCAUGCGUCUGGUUGCCAUCAUCAUGUGGUACGCUCCCAUUGGUAUCCUGUUCCUCAUCGCAGGAAAGAUUGUGGAAAUGGAUGACCUGACACAGAUGGGUGGCCAGCUGGGAAUGUACACCAUCACAGUCAUCAUUGGCUUAUUGAUCCACGGUGUUCUUAUCCUCCCCACUCUAUAUUUUGUCAUCACUCGACAGAACCCCUUUAUCUUCAUUGCUGGGCUCCUGCAAGCUCUAGUAACAGCCCUGGGGACCUCGUCCAGCUCAGCAACACUCCCAGUCACCUUCAAAUGUCUGGAGGAGAACAACAGAAUUGAUAAGAGAAUCACACGGUUUGUGCUGCCGGUGGGAGCGACCAUCAACAUGGAUGGCACGGCUCUGUAUGAAGCGCUGGCCGCCAUCUUCAUAGCACAGGUCAACAAUGUGGAGAUGAACUUUGGUCAGAUCAUAACCAUAAGUAUCACAGCAACAGCAGCUAGCAUCGGAGCUGCUGGCAUCCCUCAGGCAGGCCUGGUCACCAUGGUGAUUGUGCUGACCUCUGUUGGACUUCCGACUGACGACAUCACUCUCAUCAUUGCAGUCGAUUGGUUUCUGGACCGCUUGCGAACCACCACUAACGUCCUGGGGGACUCCAUCGGUGCCGGCAUCGUCGAGUUCUUGUCCCGACAUGAGCUUCGCAGCAAAGACGUGGAGAUGGGGAACUCCGUCCUGGAGGAGAAGGAGCGGAAGAAACCGUACAAGCUCAUUUCCCAGGAUAGUGAUUUCGAGAAUGACAAACGUGCUCACAGUGAAUCCAUCAUGUAGUUUACCCUCCGACGUGUGCCACACACACACACACACACACACACACACACACACA